GGUCCGCGGCGUCUCGGGGUCCGCCCGCGGGGUGCGGUGCGAGCGGGCGGCCCGGCUGCGCUCCUCCCCCGCCCGCCGCCGCCGCCGCCGCCGCUGCCGCUGCCGCCGCCGCCGCCGCUGUGAUUGGGUGGAAGAUGGCGCUGGGCGGAUGGAAAUCCUAAUGACAGUCUCCAAAUUCGCCUCCAUCUGUACCAUGGGCGCCAAUGCCUCGGCAUUAGAGAAAGAGAUUGGUCCAGAACAGUUUCCAGUCAACGAGCACUAUUUUGGAUUAGUCAAUUUCGGGAAUACUUGCUACUGCAAUUCAGUUCUUCAAGCACUUUAUUUUUGUCGUCCAUUUCGGGAAAAAGUCCUGGCAUACAAGAGUCAGCCUAGGAAGAAGGAGAACCUGCUCACGUGCUUAGCAGACCUCUUCCACAGCAUCGCCACGCAGAAGAAGAAGGUCGGGGUGAUCCCUCCCAAGAAGUUCAUCACCAGAUUGCGGAAGGAAAACGAGCUGUUUGAUAACUAUAUGCAACAAGAUGCCCAUGAAUUCUUAAAUUACCUACUAAAUACAAUUGCUGAUAUUUUACAAGAAGAAAGGAAGCAGGAAAAACAGAAUGGUCGCUUACCUAAUGGUAACAUUGAUAAUGAAAAUAACAACAGCACACCAGACCCAACGUGGGUUCAUGAGAUUUUUCAGGGAACAUUAACUAAUGAAACCAGAUGUCUUACUUGUGAAACUAUAAGCAGCAAAGAUGAAGAUUUUUUAGACCUUUCUGUUGACGUGGAACAGAACACAUCAAUCACUCACUGUUUAAGGGGUUUUAGCAACACAGAAACGCUGUGCAGUGAAUACAAGUAUUACUGUGAGGAGUGUCGCAGCAAACAGGAAGCACACAAACGGAUGAAAGUUAAAAAACUGCCCAUGAUUCUAGCUCUGCAUCUGAAGAGAUUUAAAUACAUGGAUCAGCUUCAUCGAUACGCAAAACUCUCUUACCGGGUAGUUUUUCCUUUAGAACUCCGUCUGUUUAACACUUCAGGUGAUGCAACCAAUCCCGACCGAAUGUACGACCUCGUGGCUGUGGUGGUUCACUGUGGAAGUGGUCCCAAUCGAGGACAUUAUAUUGCAAUAGUUAAGAGUCAUGAUUUUUGGUUGUUGUUUGACGACGACAUUGUAGAAAAAAUAGAUGCACAAGCUAUUGAAGAAUUCUACGGGUUGACAUCAGAUAUUUCAAAGAACUCUGAGUCUGGGUACAUCCUUUUCUAUCAGUCCCGGGACUGAGGAGGACUGUAAUGAAGAGAAUCUUUCUGCCUCGUUUCUUCUCCGGUUAUUUUGGAAAGGAUCAAGCACUGAUUUUUCAAGAAAAGAGAAAUGCAGGAAGCUCAGGGGGCAGUAGCAUACUUUGCACACAAUAAAGCAAAGACUAUGGAUUAACAAGCCCUUCCUAUCAUGGUAGUUGAUUUAUUUGCUCAGGUAUCAUGCUGUCUGUGUGGUUCCAUACAACAAGGAAAUGAAAUCAGAGAUGCCAGCUCCUCUUGUAAAACAGCCUUCCAGUUAUUGACACGCAUUUUCUCUUUAUAAAUUGCACCAGUAAUAAUUUGAAUUCCUUGGGGGUGCAGUAGGAAAAAUUGGAGUAUGUGCUGGGUUGUGUUGCUGAUGUAGGAGGUGAUUCUGAACGCGCUGCACAGAUGCCCAGGUCAGUAUGCGUAGAGCAUGCUCAGUGUCUUUUCAAGCAUAAACCAGAAUACUUUUGGGCCCAACACUUGCAGUUGCCUUCCUGAUAUAAAAACCUAACAUACUAGAAUCCAGUGUCAGGAAGACAAAUACGUUUUGCUUCUCUGAAGAAGCUUAUAAUAAUAUACAGUAUAUGUAUAUGUAGGGAACAAUUGGUCAAAGGUGGCUUUUUGUUUCCCCAAGGGGAAAGACUGGCUUUGUAAUUAUAAUUUUCUUCCUUAUUUAUUUUACUUAAAACUGGUAGAGUCUUAAGUAUUGUAUGAAGUGCCCAUGAUUCUGUCAGUAAAUUUUAGCAUAUUUUUUAUUAGCUUUGUCAGCUUAAGUAUUCCUUUUGUUUGUUUUUAUUUUUAAGGAGAAUUUAAAAUUCUAUCUGAAAUUACUAAGAGACCUUGAGAAAAAUUGCAAUGAAAGGAGGUAAAUACUUUUUUUUCAGGAGGAACUGAUAUCUCUGGCUGAGUAUUUGUUCUUUUGUCAUAGUUUAUAAGUCAUUUAUUUUAUUCAGCUUUAAUUUCAAUAAAAUAAAAACUAAAGUCUCUGUAGUUAUUGGAAUGAUGAAAAGAAAUUCUGGUGCGGUGGUGAUGUACUGGUCUUUUAGAGUUCUUAAAUACUCUGACAUUUCAGAUUGAAUCUUGCUUGGAAACUUCAUGUCAUCGAUGCUAUUUUCAAGUUUCUUUGUCUUUUUAACUUUGGAAAAAGGUAAUAUAUUCAUCAUAACCUUAGCAGCCUGGAUUAUAGCCAAAAACUCUUCUAAAGAUUACAUUUUGAUUAGGUAGGCCAGUAAUCACCAAAAAAAAAAAAAAAAAAAAAAAAAAAAAAGCCCCUUUCCCCCCUGUGACUUUACAGAUUGAUUGGAAGAAUGUUCAGAAAUUAAGAUUUAUAUUUUUCAUUUUGCUGGAGGUUUUAAGAAUAUAUGUAAUGUCAAAUGUGUGUAAAUCAUUGCAGUUGAUAUUUUUCCAUGCAUCUGCAAGUUGUCUGGCAAUGACCAAAUGUAACUCGCAGAAAAUAUUUGAAAAUUACUUUCACAGUAAUAGCAGUCAGGCAUUGGAUGUUUCCUAUCAUCAGGAGUAAUUUUUAAAGUUUUUCUAAAGUUAUUUUACUAAAACUGUUGACAAAAGAUGAUGUUUCUGUGCUGCUAUUAACAUUUAUUAUCUGUAUCUUUUAGCUCAGGAAAUGACUUCACCUAUUUGUCCCAUCAACAGAUCUUAAACAGGGUUACUUAACUAAUUGGCCUGCUUGGACAGAUGUGCUGAGAGAAAAUGAUGAUAUUUGAUGUUCAUACAAAAUAUCAAAAAUAUUUUGUCAAAUUCAUUUUUAAGAUACACUUUCUCUUAGACUGACUGGCGUUGUUUUGUACAGACUACACAUAGCCUGCCGGAUCUGCCUCCAUUACACAGAGAGUCAAAACCAGCAACGUGGGGAAAGUCAGAGGAGUGGAAGUGCUUGUGUUUUGAGUGCUUGAGCUGAAUUGUUUUGGAAUUUGAAGUUGUAUUUUUACAGGUUUCUGUAAAGAAAAGGGAUACAGUGAAGCAGAGUUAAAUUUAACAUCAGCCAGGCCACAGCAAGGAUUGAGGUAGAUGAAGUCAUUUACACAAAGGUACAACAUUGGAACACCGUGUUGCGUUUUGUACAAUUUGCGUUUAGGACACCAUACAGGCAAAGCAAGCUAACUUCAUGUGCAUCAAGCUCUGACAUUUGCAUUGAGUCCCGUUUGUCACACACGUUGUUCCCGUCUCCACAGUAGUUCGUAGUAUGAUUUGUCAGGGAGGGACUGUGAGCGAGUGGUGAUUCUAAACUUUUUUAUUCUUAGUGCAGCUGAUCGAAGUAAAAUGUUUUGAAGCCUAUCAGAAACUCAGCAUACUUUUAAAAUAUAUAAGGUUAGGGCUGGGAAAAUAAAAGUACAGGUGUAGUAGGUAAGAGAAGUGGCCCACCUACAGAGGCGCUGUGUGCUGGCUGGCUGUGGUUAAGGUGAGCAGGUGAGGUCGUAAAUGGGGCUGAUUACUGUAUAACUGUGUACAUGUUUAUUGGGAUAGCUGUCACAUAUUUUGUAUAUUAGAAUAAAGAUUUCUAUAAAUUAACUGAAAGUGAAUACUCUUAAGUCCCACUUCUAAGUCAUACGGCUCUGUCAGGGAGGCUUUACCAGUGACAGGAGCCGGGUGCUUAGGAAAGAGGAGGGAAGGGGAUGUUGUUCCAGAUGAGUCUCAUGCUUCUAAUCAUCAGUAUAGGCAGUUCUCUUUCUUUGAUGGCAGUAGAAGGCCCUCACUUUCAUAACAUACUACUAUUCACACUUUAUUUUAAGGAUGCUUUUCGUUAAAGAUUCUCUCACGAGAAUGAGUUUGGUUCCCAGUUUGGCUGGAAUCCGGGAGGCUGAGCUGUUCAGGUCCUGGCUCUUAGUGAACUCACACGUGUGACCUUGGGCAAGUCACCUAACCUCUCUGUGCUUCAGUCUCCCUGUCUUGCCAAACGGGAGUAAUACCUACCUCACAGGGUUGUUGUGGGGAUUAAUUAGAAAUAAUGUCUGUAAAGCAUUUAAGGUUCUUGAAGAAGGCGCUAUAUAAAUACAAAAUAUCUAUUAAAGUUGGUUUAUUUGUG